AUGGUUCCAAGUCUCUCCGUUGGCCCACCUUCCACUCUGAUCAUCUCCACGCUUUGGACCGAGGUGAGCGGAAGGAGCCAAGAGAACAGCCCAGCUCUACAAGAGCUUUGCGUCGGGGACCAAAGUGGCCAACUUGUGGCCUUGACCCGGGCAGUCUUCGGGCUGGCCUUUCUCGGUCGGUUCCGAGGUCCUGGGGGCCGACGGAGCUUCCCUCCGCGGGCCUCCUCCAAGUUCGCCCCCAAGUUUGCUAGCGGCCGCGUGGGGGCGGGGGCCGCGCGGAAGGGCGGCAGCGCGGCCAGAGGCUGGGGGGCCGGGCCGGCGCGAUGCCCGGGAGCCAGGGGGCCGCCGUCGCCGCUGCUGCCACCGCUGCUGCUGCUGCUGCUGCUCUGGCUGCUGCCCGGCCCCGCGGCGUCUCAGGAGCUGAACCCGCGCGGCCGCAACGUGUGCCGCGCUCCCGGCUCCCAGGAGCCUACAUGCUGCGCCGGCUGGAAGCAGCAGGGGGACGAGUGUGGGGUCGCGGUGUGUGAAGGCAACUCCACGUGUUCAGAGAAUGAGGUGUGCGUGCGGCCGGGCGAGUGCCGCUGCCGCCAUGGCUACUUCGGUGCCAACUGCGACACCAAGUGCCCGCGCCAGUUCUGGGGCCCCGACUGCAAGGAGCUGUGUAUCUGCCACCCGCAUGGGCAGUGCGAGGAUGUGACAGGCCAGUGUACGUGUCACGCGCGGCGCUGGGGCGCACGCUGCGAACAUGCGUGCCAGUGCCAGCACGGCGUGUGCCACCCGAGGAGCGGCGUGUGUCGCUGUGAGCCUGGUUGGUGGGGCGCGCAGUGCGCUAGCGCGUGCUACUGCAGUGCCACGUCGCGCUGCGACCCACAGACGGGCGCGUGCCUGUGCCACGCAGGCUGGUGGGGCCGCAGCUGCAACAAUCAGUGUGCCUGCAACACGUCGCCGUGCGAGCAACAGAGCGGUCGCUGCCAGUGCCGCGAGCGCACAUUCGGCGCGCGCUGCGAGCGCUACUGCCAGUGCUUUCGCGGCCGCUGCCACCCUGUGGACGGCACGUGCGCCUGCGAGCCGGGCUACCGCGGCAAGUACUGCCGGGAGCCGUGCCCUGCCGGCUUCUACGGCCUGGGCUGCCGCCGCCGAUGCGGCCAGUGCAAGGGCCAGCAGCCUUGCACUGUAGCCGAGGGCCGCUGCCUGACCUGCGAGCCCGGCUGGAACGGCACCAAGUGUGACCAGCCGUGCGCCACCGGCUUCUACGGCGAGGGCUGCAGCCACCGCUGCCCGCCGUGCCGCGACGGGCAUGCCUGCAACCACGUCACCGGCAAGUGUACGCGCUGCAACGCGGGCUGGAUCGGCGACCGGUGCGAGACCAAGUGCAGCAAUGGCACUUACGGCGAGGACUGUGCAUUCGUGUGCGCCGAUUGCGGCAGCGGCCACUGCGACUUCCAGUCCGGGCGUUGCCUGUGCAGCCCCGGCGUCCAUGGGCCCCACUGUAACCUGACGUGCCCGCCUGGGCUCCAUGGCGUGGACUGCGCCCAGGCCUGCAGUUGCCACGAGGACUCGUGCGACCCGGUCACGGGUGCCUGCCGCCUGGAGACCAACCAGCGCAAGGGCGUGAUGGGCGCGGGCGCGUUGCUUGCCCUGCUCCUCGGCCUGCUGCUGUCGCUGCUCGGCUGCUGCUGCGCCUGCCGCGGCAAGGACCCGACGCGCCGGGAGCUCCAGCUCGGGAGGAAGAAGGCGCCGCAGCGACUGUGCGGGCGCUUCAGCCGUAUCAGCAUGAAGCUGCCUCGGAUCCCGCUCCGCAGGCAGAAGCUGCCGAAGGUUGUAGUGGCCCAUCACGACCUGGAUAACACACUCAACUGCAGUUUCCUGGAGCCACCCUCAGGGCUGGAGCAGCCCUCUCCAUCAUGGUCCUCCCGGGCCUCCUUCUCUUCCUUUGACACCACGGAUGAAGGCCCUGUGUACUGUGUACCCCAUGAAGAGACCGCAACAGAAAGCCAGGAUGCGGAGCCCCCCACCGCGCCUUCGGAGGCGCUGGCAUCAUCCCCCGCGCCGGUGACCACGCUGGCGUCCGCAGAGGAGGCGACACCCCUCCCCGCGUCCUCUGACAGUGAGCGGUCGGCGUCGAGCGUGGAGGGGCCAGGCGGAGCGCUGUAUGCGCGCGUGGCCAGGCGCGAGGCCCGGCCGGCCCGGGCCCGGGGCGAGGCUGGAGGCUUGUCGCUUUCGCCAUCUCCCGAGCGCAGGAAGCCGCCUCCACCCGACCCUGCCACCAAGCCCAAGGUGUCCUGGAUCCACGGCAAGCACGGCGCUGCCGCCGCUGCCCGUGGCCCCCGAGAGAAGCCGGCGCCGCCACAGAAGGCCAAGCGCUCAGUGCUGCCCGCCUCGUCUGCCCGCGCGUCCCCCGCGCCGGAGAUCCCGGGGCCCGAGAAGGCGGCAGCCGGAGCGCCCGCGCCCGACACCCCCAGGAAGAAGACCCCCAUCCAGAAGCCACCGCGCAAGAAGAGCCGGGAAGCGGCGGGCGACCUGGGCAGGGCGGGCGCGCCCACCCUGUAGCAGGCGGCAGCCCGGCAGUGCCCGCAGAUUCCCCAGACUUAGAAGCGCUGCUUGCCACCCCGCGUUCCGCGCCUGCCCAGCGUGCCCCGCGGCGGCCCGGGCACUACGGCCUCCCGGGGCUACGGCCUGGAGCAGCCAGGCAGGAGGCUGGGUCGCAUUGGCUCAGGCUCCAGCGAAGGUUCCUUGAUUGGAGCACUGCUCUCUGGCGGGAAGGCCCCAUUCCAUUGGACGAGGCCUGACAGGCGCUUAGCUGGCGAUUCCCUUCCCAUCGGCCGAGGGCUCCGACCAGUCAGGGCCUCAAAGGCUGACUACAGGAGGGUUCGGCCUAAAGACCACCUCUUUCUGGCCCAAGGCGCACUCGGCUGGGGCUACCUUCUCAUUGGUCGAGGCCAGAAGCAGUUUUGUCUCUGCUGCCUCUCAUUGGCCAGGGCCUGGCGCCUCUGGCUGGAGACCUUUUUUUUUUUUUUUUUUUUUUUUUGUAGCCAAGGGCUACUUCCCUGGCCAGGCUUCCGAGAGUCUGGUUGUCUAGAGUCUGGGGAGAAGAGCUGGUCUCUGCUCCUCAAAGGGCUCAGCGACCCCGGGCCCGGCCUGGCCCACCACUUCCCCUCUCUGCACCCCCCCCAUCCCCCCGCCUCCCUAGCCCUGGCCCCUCAGCUGUCGAGCUGGUUUUGAUGGCCUCCCACCACCCCACAUGCCGCGGGAAUCCAAAGGUCAACUCCAGUGGCCCGAGGAGAUGUAUUUAUAGGCCCCCGGCAGGGCUGCUCUCACCCCAUCCGGGUGCCCCAGGAUGGGCUCCUCCCGGCAGGGGCUUGGCCAAAGCUUUCUUAAUAAAGUGCCUUUUUUUUUCUCUUA